AUGAAGGGGUUGGCCUGUCCCUGCCCUGCCCUGCCCCACUUCUGGCAGCUCGGGGCUCCAUUCAUGGCUGAGAGCUCUGGGACUCAGGCCCCUGGCCAAGGGCCCUCUGUCAGCAUCCAGUUUCUUCGAGCCCAGUAUGAAGGCCUGAGGAGGCAGCAGAGGACCCAGGCCCACCUCCUGGUGCUCCCCAAAGGAGGGAGCCCUUCUCCUGCGGAAUCCAUGAUCAGUGCUGUGUGGAUUAACAAGGAGAGAAGGAGCUCACUGCCCCCGGAAGAGCCUGAGCUGGGGCUGGAAGGGAAGCCAGAAGAAACUGAGGGAAGUGGUCUUCAGGCACCUGAGUCACUGUGGCACACACAUCUAGAGAUGCAUCGUGUGGUCCAAACCUGCCACCAGGAAGCUAGUCAUCAGUUCAUGGCAAAUGAUCAACUUGCAGCAUCUAAUCAAAGCCUCCCUUCUAAGGGAGACCCACACUGGUGCGAAAAUAAUCAGAAGACCCAGCCCGAGGCAGCUCAGUGUCAAUGUCAUGUGGUUACUACCCAAACAAAGGCAAUGGAAUCCACCUUAACAACCAGUAUCCAGUACCCACCUUUUACAAUGAACUCCCACAGGUCUGGCAAACCAGCUCACUACCCAUUUCCUCAGAGGAAAACACCCCGAAUCUCCCAGGCUGCCCGAAACUUGGGCUUAUAUGGCCCUGUCUAA